AUGUCAUUUCGAAUAAUAAACUCCUCUGGUGCGACGAUUCCUAUUUCCGAUAGUAAUGUUCCUAUUUUUUCCAAUAGUCAUAUUUCCAAUAAUCAUAUUCUCAAUAAUCAUAUUCCCAAUAAUCAUAUUCCUAAUAAUCAUAUUCCCAAUAGUCAUAUUCCCAAUAGUAGUUUACCUACCCUAAUACCUUUUGCAGCUCAAGUUUCUUCAACUCCCGUCAGAACUCUUCAUUCAAUAACUCAAUUAAAACUUUCAUUUGAAGUAACUCAUUGUUUUGGUAUAUCAAAAGAUCCGGUGACUAAUGAAUUUAUUAUGAUCAUAUCAUAUGCUGAGAAUGGAAGUUUACAUAAUUACCUUCAACAAAGACCAAAUCUCAAUUGGUCUACUCGUAUUAAUUAUUUAUUGAAAAUUUCUCAAGGAUUGGAUAUUAUACAUAGUGCAGGAUUAAUUCAUAAAGAUUUUCAUAGUGGAAAUAUAUUAAUGGGUAAACGAUAUCCUAUGGUUAGUGAUUUUGGAUUAUGUCGUCAGGAUAAUAAUGAAAAUAACGAAAAUAUUAUCAAUGAUGAUAUUAAGGAUAAUAUAACUAAUUCAACUAUUUCGAAUAAUGACGAAAAAGGAGAAGAAAGAAAAAAAUGGUAUGCAUUAGUAGAAACAUGUUCUGUGGGAGGUAGAAUGGAUUUAAGCAUAUUAAAAAAUUUUAGGGAUGCAGAUAAUCUUAGAGAUAAUGAAGCGUUUUAUUAUAGCAGAAAAAUACCAACAAUAAAAUUAGUUCAAAAGUUGGAAAAUAAAAUGGGAAUUAAUCAAGCUCACGUAAGAAGUAUUAAUGACAUUAUUUCAGAUACAGACACUUUGAGCUCUAUUAGUAAUGACAGUCGGAAAAAAAAUGAUAGAACAAGUUUUCUCAGUAAUAUUUUGGUAAUGUUAAGGGAAGAAAACGAAAAUUCUGAGAAUCACGAAAAUAUUGAGAAUCAAGAAAAUGCUAAGAAUCAAGAUAAUACUAAUUCUAAUGACGACGAUUAUGAUAAAAAUUUAGGGAAUGAAAUUUUAAAAAAAGGUUCGGAUUUAUUUAAUUUUCAAGAAUACAAAUCAACACAUGAAAAUGACAAAAAUUCAUCACCAUCAACACCAGAUAAUAACACCUAUAACGGAAAUUCUAAAAUUUUUAGAAAUUCUGAUAGUAAUAUAAAUAGAGUAAUUGAAUCUUCACCUACAUUAUCUACAUUAUCAGUACCUUGUUUAACAAGGAAUAAUACUAAUUAUUACAAUUUGGAAAGAAGUAAUUCAAUUAAUCCUGAUAAUUUAAUUUAUGGUAAUAUGAGACAUAGUAAAACUAUUAAUUAUGGAAACAAUUCACCGAAUUUAAAUAAUAGAAGUUAUUCUAGAAAUGAAUAUUCGAGAAUUAAUGAUAAUAGAGAAUAUUCGAGAAUUAAUUAUAAUAGAGAAUAUUCGAGAAUUAAUGAUAAUAGAGGAUAUACUUUGGAUCAUAUAAAUAACGAAAUUACAAGUGACGAUAAUAUUAUACAUAAUAAUAGUAAUAAUGAGAAUAGUAGUGGUAACAUAAGUUAUGUAAAAAGUAGUAGGGAAGGUAUGGCGAGAAAUGCAAGUUUAGCUUAUAGUGAAUUAUCAACACAUAAUUAUAAUCGUAAGAAAAGUGGGAAAGAUAAAAGACAAUAA